AUGCAGACCACGCUGAUUGAACCUCCUAGUCCCUACACCAGCUUGGAGACUCAGGAUGGCUAUUUUUCCCACCGACCGAAAGAGAAAAUGCGAACAGACAGCAAUAAUGAAAAUUCAGUCCCCAAGGACUUUGAAAAUAUUGAUAACAGUAACUUUGCUCCCAGGACUCAGAGGCAAAAACACCAGUCUGAACUGGUGAAAAAACCCCUUAGCAAGCAAAAGGAGCAUUUGAGAAAGAAACUGGAAGAGGAGAAAAUGAAGGAGAACUUGCUGCUGGGGAAGAACUCCAAUGAGGUGGUGCAAUUCAGUGAUCACCCGAGAAAAAACAGCAGCAGCAGCAACAACAGCGAUCUGAAGGAGAUUCACAGGUCUCCCAAACAGCAUCAUUUAAAAAAAAAUGGAAACAGCUCCCCUGAACUGAGAUACGACCAACCACCAAAGUGUGAGGUAACGGGCAAAGAGGCAAUCUCAGCCAUGUCCCGGUCUAAGUCUAAGCAGUGUCGGCAGGAGAUCGCAGAGGUGUACUGUCAGCACAAGCAUGGAAAGCUGAUGCCGGAGAAGGUGACGCGUCUCUGUACGCUGGAGGGAAAAGCCAACAACAAUGUACAGUGGGAUGAGGACUCCGUAGAAUACAUGCCAGCCAACCCAGUCAGGAUCGCAUUUGUCUUGGUUGUUCAUGGCAGAGCUUCUCGGCAGCUUCAACGCAUGUUUAAGGCUAUUUACCAUAAAGACCAUUUUUAUUACAUUCAUGUUGACAAGCGAUCCAAUUACUUGCACCGGCAAGUGCUCCAGUUUGCCAACCAGUACCCAAAUGUGAGAGUCACUUCUUGGAGAAUGGCAACUAUCUGGGGAGGAGCAAGUCUUCUGUCCACCUACCUGCAGGCCAUGAGGGACUUAAUGGAGAUGAAUGACUGGCCAUGGGAUUUCUUCAUUAACCUCAGUGCGGCCGACUACCCAAUCAGGACAAAUGACCAGCUAGUAGCAUUCCUGUCCAGAUACCGUGAUAUGAACUUCUUGAAAUCACACGGGAGGGACAACGCAAGAUUUAUCAGAAAACAAGGACUGGAUCGGCUUUUCCUGGAAUGCGAUACCCACAUGUGGCGCCUGGGGGACCGGAGGAUCCCAGAAGGAAUCGCAGUCGAUGGAGGGUCGGACUGGUUUCUCCUGAACAGGAAGUUUGUGGAGUAUGUCACUUUUUCUAAUGAUGAUCUGNCAACUAGCAUGCGGCAGUAUUACUGAUCUGUUCUGUCUUUCUUGCAGUCCUUCUUCCACACUGUUCUGGAAAAUAGCCCAUACUGUGACUCCAUGGUGGACAACAACUUACGUAUCACAAACUGGAACCGUAAACUUGGUUGCAAGUGUCAGUACAAGCACAUUGUUGACUGGUGUGGCUGUUCGCCUAAUGACUUCAAACCAGCAGACUUCCACCGAUUCCAGCAGACUGCCAGGCCAACUUUCUUUGCCCGCAAAUUUGAAGCUGUAGUUAAUCAAGAGAUAAUUGGCCAGUUGGACUACUACUUGUAUGGCAACUACCCCUCUGGCACACCUGGCCUCCGGUCGUACUGGGAGAACGUGUAUGAUGAGCCUGAUGGCGUGCACACCCUCAGCGACGUCGCCCUCACCAUGUACCAUGCAUUUGCCCGCUUGGGCCUGCGGAGAGCUGAGACAUCGUUCCAUGCUGCUGGAGACAACAGCUGCCGAUACUACCCCAUGGGCCAUCCAGUUUCCGUCCACCUUUACUUCCUUGCUGACCGUUUCCAAGGCUUCCUAAUCAGACACCACGCAACCAAUCUGGCUGUCAGUAAACUAGAAACUUUGGAAACGUGGGUGAUGCCAAAGAAAGUCUUUAAGAUCGCAAGCCCACCAAGCGAUUUUGGAAGGUUACAGUUCUCAGAGAUUGGCACUGAAUGGGACGCCAAGGAAAGGCUUUUCCGGAAUUUUGGAGGACUUCUUGGGCCAACAGAUGAGCCAGUUGGAAUGCAGAAAUGGGGAAAAGGCCCCAAUGUCACCGUUACUGUCAUUUGGGUGGAUCCUGUUAAUGUAAUUGCAGCAACAUACGAUAUUCUUAUUGAAUCCAGUGCCGAGUUUACUCACUACAAACCACCUCUGAAUUUGCCACUGCGACCUGGUGUCUGGACAAUAAAAAUUCUGCACCACUGGGUACAAGUAGCUGAAACCAAAUUCCUUGUUACUCCUCUCACCUUCUCUAAUCGGCAGCCUAUCAAACAAGAGGAAGCCAUGAAGUAUCACAGUGGGCCUCCAAAGAAUGCGUACAUGGAGCAAAGCUUCCAGGGCUUGAACCCCGUCCUGAAUAUCCCCAUUAGUGCCGCCCGCGUGGACCAGGCCAAGAGGAACGCAGGGCUCGUGGGCUCCCGGCUGGAAGCCUGGGUGGACUCUCUGGUCAGCAGCGUCUGGUCAGCCGUGGACAUCUGCAGCACCGGCCCCACCGCCUGCCCGGUCAUGCAGGGCUGCGCUCAGACAGCCUGGAGCUCCCUGAGCCCGGACCCCAAAUCUGAGCUGGGCCCCGUCAAACCCGACGGUCGCUUGAGGUAGCAUCUGGUACGCUCUCCUCCGGCAUAGGUUUUUAAAAGGGAAUUUAACCUUGCUCAUAUGUGAAUCUUGCACCACAUUUCAGAAACCUAAGGGAACAUUAUACUUUUUUGUUACU